UGUCUCUAACAGUAACAGAUCCAUUCUCAUCUCUCUCUCUGAAAACCCGUACGGACUCUCUAAUUGCCAACAAAUCUGUUUGGUACCUGGAAAAACCAAAGAAAAUGAAAAGAAAUGCAUGUUGAUUGACGGGAACUUUUUGUUCCUCUAGGCUCGACUUUCUGCAUCAUCAAAACGGGAGAAAUUAGGAAAUGGGGGUAUAUCUCAGCACCCCAAAAACUGAGAAGUUAUCAGAAGAUGGUGAAAAUGACAAGCUUCAAUUUGGAUUGUCAUCCAUGCAAGGAUGGCGUGCAUCUAUGGAAGAUGCUCAUGCAGCAUAUCUGGAUCUGGACGACUCAACAUCAUUUUUUGGUGUUUAUGAUGGUCAUGGAGGCAAAGCAGUGGCUAAGUUUUGUGCCAAGCAUCUUCAUCAGCAGGUGCUCAAGCAUGAGGCGUAUUCAGCUGGAGAUAUUGGGACUUCAGUACAGAAAGCUUUUCUCAGAAUGGAUGAGAUGAUGUGUGGACAAAGAGGGUGGAGAGAAUUAGCAGUCCUGGGAGAUAAAAUGGACAAAGUUUCUGGUUUUGUUGAAGGGUUUGUAUGGUCUCCUAAGGGUGAUGAAGCCAAUGACCAUUUUGAUGAUUGGCCUCCUGAGGAGGGUUCUCACUCUGAUUUUCAUGGACCUACUUCUGGAUGCACAGCCUGUGUUGCAAUAAUUCGAAACAAGCAACUAGUUGUUGCUAAUGCUGGUGAUUCCCGUUGUGUAAUAUCUAGAAAGGGGCAGGCAUAUAAUUUGUCUAAAGAUCACAAGCCAGACCUUGAACUGGAGAAAGAUAGGAUUCUGAAAGCUGGUGGUUUUAUUCAAGUCGGACGUGUCAAUGGAAGUUUAAACUUGGCCAGGGCUAUUGGAGAUGCGGAGUUCAAACAGAACAAAACUUUACCUGCUGAAAGGCAAAUUGUAACAGCUAAUCCAGACAUCAACACUGUUGAGAUCUGCGAUGACGAUGAGUUUCUUGUUUUAGCUUGUGAUGGGAUUUGGGACUGUAUGUCAAGUCAACAACUAGUGGAUUAUGUACGAGAGCAGUUGAAUUCUGAAACUAAACUUUCAGCAAUCUGUGAAAGAGUAUUCGACAGGUGCUUGGCUCCAACAGCUGGUGGGGAGGGAUGCGACAACAUGACAAUGAUCCUUGUUCAGUUCAAAAAACCUGUUGGUUCAGGUACUUCUUUGAGCAGCACCCAGCAUUGAAAGAUCGAACACCCACAAACCAGGUAAAACGUACAUUUGGAUUUUGGACCUUAAGAAGCAUUAGUCUCUUCUCCUUCACACCAAAUUAUAUUAACCCAUUUUCUUCAAAGCUGUAAGCAAACGCGUAAUGAAUAUUCCACUUUCUUAUUAUGUAAGUGAUUUGCGGUUUAUGAGUUGUAAAUGAUCCAAGGUUUUUCA